AUGAUAUUUAUUAAAAUAUCUGUGUUUAUCUUUUUAACAUGGACAUAUAAUUUUAGGAGCAAUGUGAAUAAAUUUAUCAAAUAUUUGGACGAAUACUACAUAUUUGGUAGAUAUUUAGAUACAGGAACUUAUCGAUUACUAGCAAAAUAUGAACGGAAUAAGAAUUCAAAUUUUGUAGAGUUAGAAAUAGUAUCACCAUGUGAUGAAGGGUACAAAAAAAAAUGCAAAAGUUGUAGUGAAAAUAUAACUAAAACAAAAAAUAAACAGCUAAAUUCAAAUUCAUUAAAUAAUGAAGGAGUCUGUGAAGAAAUUAAAAAAAGUAACAUUACUGAUUAUUCUGAAGAUGAUGCAUAUUUCGAUAAAAAAACAUUAAACAGAAAAUAUUAUUUAAAAAUAGCUAGGGAUAUUAGAAAUACAGAUUAUAUGAAUUUAUGGGCUAAAUCAAAUCAUAAACACAAAUUAAUUUUUAUUUUACCUACCUUCCUUCUAUUAGCUGGAAUACUAAUUUAUAUAUUUGAAAGAUACUUUAUUUUUGCGUUAUGUUUUGAGUCCAUAUCUGCAAAAUGGUGGCCUACAGCGUCAGUAAGUAUAAUUCUUUUUUUAAUAUUAACUUUUACAGUUUUACCAGCCUUUUUUUACAACCUUAAAAAAUCAGUAAAAUAUAAUAAGCUGGUACAUAUUAAAUGUAAAAUGAAUAAAUCCAAAUAUGAUAUUUUUCCUGAAUAA